AUGGCUGGGCUGGUGCUGUCCCCUGUCCCCAGCAACUGGCUGGUGCUGCUGCUGCUGCUGCUUUCAGCAGGUGAGACGGUGCCCGCCACCAAAACAGAGGACCUGUACCCGGACUCCUCAGGAAGCCCUUGCUCCCGAAUCUGGCAGAACCCACGUUUCGUGGCCCGGAAGCGGAGCUACACGGUGAAGGUGAAAUGCCACACGGACGGCACUGGCGUGGUGAAGUGGUUCUGGAAGCGACUAGGGGACCAGGAGCCCCGGGAGCUGCUGGAGGACCAGAGCCACAUCCUGCAGACCUGGAACCACUCCGUGGCCACCCUCACCAUCCGCGACAUCCAGUAUGAGGACAACGGCGUCUACUUCUGCCAGCAGACGUGCGGCGGGCCCCGUCCAGAGACUCACUGGGGCUGUGGCACCGAGCUGCGGGUCAUGGGUGGGUCUCAGGCCGGCCCUGACCUCAACCAGAGUGGGCAUGGGAGGGAGGACGACAGCAAGGCGGGCAUGGAAGAAGACCACACCUAUGAGGGCCUGAACGUUGACCAGACAGCCACCUACGAGGACAUCGUCACUCUGCGGACUGGAGAAGUCAAGUGGUCAGUGGGUGAGCACCCCGGCCAGGAGUGAGGGCCCGCCCUCCCCACACCUGA